AAUGCCGGAGAGACGUUCGCUGACGAACCUUCGGUGGCGAUCUUCGGUGGUACGCCUGCCGCACCAGGUGAAUUCCCAUGGCAAUGCUCUUUGAAUUAUUACGGUGAACACAGAUGCGGUUGUUCUAUCAUUGGUUCCACCAAGAUAUUGACGACUGCCAGCUGCGUGUUCAACUUAAAGCUACCCAAUAACGAUUUCUUUGUUCGCACCGGGACCAUCGACUCCAUUAGAGGGGACGUCUACUUUGCGCAAAACAUCACAAUACAUCCAAAUUUUACCGGCAAAGUAUCUGGUAUGCAGGAUGACAUCGCUGUGAUCACUCUUGCAUCGCCAAUUCAAUACAAUAAAUAUCAAUCUCCCAUCCCUUUGGGCUUUUCUUUGCCAGCUACUGGUACGCCAACUACCUUCUCCGGAUGGGGUUGGAAGGGGUAUGAGGAUCCAAUAUACCCACAGACUCUUCUAAAAAUGACCCAGUCUACAAUCUCGCUGUCCGAAUGCCAGCAGACCUAUGCUAGCAAACCUUUGACUAGCGCCCAUUUGUGUGCCUACAAUCGUCGCGGAAUUGGUACUUGCAUAGGUGACCAUGGCGGUCCUCUGAUCGCUAAUGGCAGGCAAGUUGGUAUUGCUACCUCGUUUACAUAUUGCGGCGCUGAUGGUAAACCUGAUGUCUACAUUAGUGUUCCCCAUUAUUUCCAGUCAUUUAUUGUAAAAAAUUUAAUCUAAAAUAAGGCUAUCCGAUUUAUCAUAUUAUGUGUACCCAAAAAAUAUAUUGUUGAUUGUUUCAUUGUAUAUAAUUCUCUUGCAAUGUGGAGAGACAUGCAAUUAUGUCAAUUGCAUUUUGAAAAUAGAGAAAAUUCUUAUG